UUGCCAACUCAACCCUAUUCGUAUAUCUGUCGCCUCUCGUCCCUCUCUCUUUCUCCUUGAGCUGUGCUCGUUAUUCGCCGUUUUCUUCACUGUUCCUUCUUUCCUCCGUCGCAAACCUUUUUCUCUCGUCUUUUCGAUUCGAGCAGGCUCCUAGUUUACCUAUCGCAACCUUUUCCUGGACUCGUAAACAAUGGGCAACCUUGUGUGGCAUGACUUUGCGCGAUACGUCUCUAUCACAGCCAGUCUCUAUGCUGUGUGGUCUGGAUUCUAUGGCAUUUAUUUCCGUAAAUUCUUUUGGGACUUCAUUGGUGGUACUCUCCGUGAUCCAGGAGGACUUCAACCAGCUCCUGGAGCUGCGGUGUUCAUCACUCUCAUCGUAAAGAAUCCCAUCAUCCAGAUUUUCGCCAUGAUUGUCGGACUUUUCAUGCUUGCACUGGAAUAUCCCCUACCGCAACUGAAAUCACUAUCAAUUCAUCGUAGUUUUGCUCUCAAGAUUGUACUGUUGUUAUUCCAGUCGUUCUUGACUCUCUUGUUUUACCAGGGGACGAAUUCCGCCCUUUGGUCUCUCAUCGCCGCAGGGUCUUAUGCGCGCGCAAUUAUACUCGGAGAGACAAUGGAAGAAGCGAAGGAUAACAGGGGCAAGGGUGGACGGGCCUGAUUAGUGGUCUCUCCUUCCACUCAGCCGUCCAAGUCUUGUAGUUCUGUGACUGUUGCUUCUGUAGUUGGAGUUGGAUGAUGACGGCUUGAUGAACUGGUUUCAUCUUUCCAUUCUUUAGUUCUUGUAGAAUGAGGGACAGGUUCACUUUUCUACGGAUUCUCUUGUACAUUAUUCUCGUAGAAAUGUGAGCUGCGCUCUGGUUACGACGAUGAGAAUUCCAGAGUUUCGGAUUUGAUGAGAUCGACCAUGAGGAU